GCCGGAAAAUAAUCUGCUGCGUGUCUGCAAGCAGUUCAUAACACCCGUGAACCUUACUCGCACCUCCAGCACCAAGACAUAGGCAGAAAGUAUAUGUGUAUUAGCUUAUAUAUGUAUAAGUUAUUAUUAUAUAUAUAUGCACUAUAUAUAUUUAUUUUUCACCCAGUGAGAACUUAAGUAAAUAAAGGUGAAACUUUUUGGCCCGAAGGCUGUUCCCCGUGUGCUUGCCUGAGGCGAGACGUUAAUACUGAAUAUAAGUAACUAUGACAUGGCGGCCAGACUAUGACGAUGAAGGAGGAGGGAGAGCCAUGAGGCUCUGGCAUUCCAUGAGCUCCUGGGCCUCCUCGACUCACCUGCUCGCUAAGGUAGGUGGGAACCUCAGUGUCAUCAUCGUUACCACCUUCCUACUGCUGGCUUCCUGUAUGCCUGUCACCUGCAGGCAUCUCACACUCGCGGCACCCCCCACCUUGCAGGAAGCAAGCCCGCCCACCGCCCACGCCAGCAAGUACUCCCACACACUGGAUCUUCCUGGAUCAAGAACCUCCUUCCCGGCACAAAAAACACUUGCAGCUGCUGUGCCUAAUACUUCUAAUGACAAAUCGG